CACGUGCUCACGGCUCGCUGCGGCGCCUGCGCAGUAGCGGGUCUGAAGUCGGUGCCCUUAAUAGGCUUUUGGGCAGCUUGACUCGGGCUCCCUGCGCCAGCGGCUCGGUGCGUGGUGUCCUGUGUUCGCGCCUUGCAAGCGGCGGCGCCAUGAGCACGACUUCCAGCGUACGAGUUGAAUGGAUCGCAGCAGUUACCAUUGCUGCUGGAACAGCUGCGAUUGGUUAUCUAGCUUACAAAAGAUUUUAUGGUAAAGACAAUCGCAGCAAAUCUAUGGUCAACCCUCACAUCCAGAAAGACAACCCCAAAGUAGUACACGCUUUUGACAUGGAGGAUUUGGGAGAUAAAGCUGUGUACUGCCGUUGCUGGAGAUCCAAAAAGUUCCCAUUCUGUGACGGAGCUCACACAAAACACAAUGAAGAGACUGGAGACAACGUGGGACCGCUUAUCAUUAAGAAAAAAGAAACUUAAAUGGACGAUUGCAGUGCUAGAAGCCAAGUUGUCGAGAUAUUACCUGAUUGUUAAAUUAACGUAACUACAGCUUCUGUCUAAUUCACCUCCCUAGAUGUGGUUCUCGAUGUGGUAUAAUUGCAAAUCGCAGCUUUCACAUUCACUGCAUUUGCCUUACUUGUUGAACUAUUGUGGUAUAUGCAUUGUUUAAACAAAAGGAAAAAGUUCAAACCAGCGUCAUGGCCUGUGGGUUAUUCUGGUUGUAUAAGGAUCUGUUUCUUUACACUUAAAAUAAUGACACUAGAACAUCACUGUAUGUUCACAUUACCGUUAAAUUAUUCUCACAGAUUGUACUUAUACAUUUCAAAGGAAAAGGAUCACCUUUUAAUAUUGCUUAGUUAAUCUAGUAAGUAAAUCAAGUGUGAUCAAGCUACAAUUUUUUUUAAUUUAUCUUAUUUAUUGGAUAGAGAAAGUCAGAAACCGAGAGGAAAGGGGGUGAUACAGAGGGAGAGAGACAGAGAGACACCUGAGACCUGCUUCAUCACUCACGAAGCUUUCCCCCUGCAAGUGGGAACCAGGGGCUUGAACCUGGGUCCUUAUGCGUUGUAACGUGUGUUCUACGAGGUGCACCACUACCCAGCCACAAGCUACAUUUCUUAAGACAUUCUAGGAAAAUCCAUCAUGGCUUUUAAUUAUCUUUAUUUAUUUAUUAGAUAAAGACAGCCAGAAAUUGAGAGGGAAGGGGUGCUAGAGAGACAGAGAAAGAGACCUGCAGCCCUGCUUCACCACUCAUGAAGCUUCCCCCCUGCAGGUGGGGACCAGGGGCUCGAACCCAGGUCCUUGCACAUUGUAGCAGAUGCACCACCACCCGGCCCCUGGUCAGUAACUUUUCACUCAUCCAUUCAUCAUCCAUUCAUAAUGGAUCCAAUAAGAAAACCAGUAGUGGAGCCCUGCCUCCCCACCUGCAGGGGAAGUCGCUUCACAAACAGUGAAGCAGGUCUGCAGGUGUCUUUCUCUCCCCCUCUGUCUUCCCUUCCUCUCUCCAUUUCUCUCUGUCUUAUCCAACAACGACAACAUCAAGAAUAAUAACAACUACAACAACAAUGUAAAAAAAUAAGGGCAACAAAAGGGAGAAUAAAUAAAUAUUUAAAAUAAUAAUAAUAAUAAUAAUGGAAAUUCAGAUCAAAGUGAUACUUAGAUUUAAAGCAGUCAUGAAGGAAGUUUUAAAAUGUAGUGUUCCAGGCUUCUAACCCAAGGAAUAGCAAACACUUUAAACAAGGACACGGCAGAAAAAGAGCUCAUACCAAGCCUGUCGGACACAAAGUACAUAUCUGUGACGGAAAUAAUAGUCACAGGCUGGAUCAAAGGCAUGGGAAAACUUAUUUCCAACUCUUGACAAAGACGUGACCGUAGUUUCCCAGUAGGGUUUGAUGAAACAGUACUUUAGCUUAUCCUGCUUUGUGAUUGUGGUAUUGAAGGAAGGGAAGCGGCUGGUGCAAAUACUGUCGGGGUUGCUGAAAGUGCCAUCUUCCAAUCAGAGCAAGAAGACUUUCGUCUGGACUAGCUGGAACAACUAGGAAAUUAAAAGAGUGCCCACCCACUCAAAAAUAAAUAAAACUUAAUAGGACUACAGAGAGAAAAGUAAGUAUAUUCUCUUGAAAUGUUUUUUUUUUUUUUUAAUUGGAAGUCAGGUGGUAGCGGGCAAACGCUAGAAAAAGAAGGAGGUAGCGCAGCAGGUUAAGCGCAUGCGGUGCAAAGCGCAAGAACCAGCAUAAGGAUCCUGGUUCGAGCCCCCGGCUCCCCACUUGCCGGGAAGUCACUUCACAGGAGGUGAAGUAGGUCUACAGGUGUCUUUCUCUCCCCCUCUGUCUUCCCCUCCUCUCUUCAUCUCUGCCCUAUUCAAUAACAACGGCAUUAAUAACAAGUGCAACAAAAAUGGGGGGAAAAUGUAUAUUUUUCUUAGCAGCAAGUUUUUUUAAUAGAAACAAAGAUUGAGAGGUGGGAGAGACAAGAGACACCUACAGCCCUGCUUCACUACUCAAAGCUUUCCCCCUGCAGGUGGGGACCAGGGGCUUCAACCUGGGUCCUUGUGCAUUGUAAUGUGAGCACUUAACCAGGUGUGCCACCACCUGGCCCCAAAGUAAGCAUUUGAAGACAAGAAUUUAUGUUGGGCGAUAGCGCAAGGGGUUAAGCGCACAUGGUGCCAAGCACAAGGACCGGCUUAAGGAUACUGGUUCGAGUCCUGGGGGGCUCCCCGCCUGCAGGGGAGUCACUUCACAGGCGGUGAAGCAGGUCUGCAGGUGUCUAUCCUCCUCUGUCUUCCCCUCCUCUCUCCAUUCCUCUCUGUCCUAUCCAAUGACGACAUCUGUAACAACAAUCAUAACUACAACAACAAUUAAAAAAAAAAAAAACAGCAAGGGCAACAAAAGGAAAUAAAUAUAUAUUUUUUAAAAAAGAAUUUAUGUCUUAGUCCUCAAAAGAUCCUAAACAAAAACAUUGUAUCCCUUACUGAUUCCACAAAAAAAAAAAAAAAAAAGAGAGAAACUGAAAAUAAUUAAGAACAAUAAAGUAAAAGAAUUAAGAUGGGAGUAAAUAUGUGUUAAUAUAUUAUGUAUGUAAUAUAUCAGACUAAGUUUUGGGAUUUUGUGGGUUAGAGGUAAUGGCGUGUGUGUGUGUGUGUAAAUAUGCAUGCAUAACUGUAAAUACACUAAAGUAGCAGGUAAACUUUUACUAUAUAAAGUAUUUUUCAUGAAGUAGAGCUGUAAGAGAGAGAGAGAGAGAACAGAGAGGCAGCAGAGCACCCCUUCACACUGGCUACUGUUGUGCCGAGGAUUGAUCCUGGGGCCUCACAGCCUCAGGCAUAAAAGUCUUGUAUAACCAUUGUGCUGUUUCCCCAGUCCAGGUAAACUUUCUCAUUUAUUUUAGUAUAUUUGAAUUCUCAGUAGUAGUGAAUUAACUAACUUCCGCUUGCUAUCAUCCAGACUUAGUUUUACAAGUCACAAGAAUCAAAGCCAGUGUACCUAUACUACGUAUAAUCACUGAUAUUUGUAAGUGUCUAGUCUUGUGUAUAGUAUAUAAAGUGUAUACCAAAAUAUGCU